GUUGUCCUAUUCUGAUAUUACACCUCGCAUCGUGAUGUCCUGACAACGGGCAUCUCCAGACUACCUACUCCUUACACAUCUUUCCCCAUUUCUGCCGAAGCCGCAAAGUUGUGACCUUUGCCUGUCGGCGAACGUAGACAUGCAUACCGCCCUCAACCGACUCCAGACGACCUUCGGGUUCUUCACGACUUGCGCUUUCACUCUUGCUUCGAUAAUUGCCGUUCUCUCUAUCAUCCCCAUUCCUGCCCCGGCCGGCUCACCCAGUGCCUCAGUGUCGGUCCGCAACGUCCAGGUCGUCAAAGGCCGCCCUCACUACUAUGCCACGAAACGAGAAGAGUACGCCCAGAUCAGGUUCGAUCUCGAAGCAGAUCUGUCCAGCCUAUUCACCUGGAACACGAAGCAACUGUUUGUCUACGUGACAGCAAACUACCCCACCAGCAAAGAUGGCCAAGGAGGAAUGUCCGAAGCGGUCAUCUGGGACACAAUCAUCCCCGCUAAAUCAUCGCCUUAUUCAUGGCAGAAUCUCAAGCAGAAAUACUUUCCAGACAAGAAGAAGUCAAAGUCCAAGAGUCGGAGAGAGUCACUUAGCAAACAGUCUACGGAUCUCGUCAAGCCUGGAUUCAUCACAUUGAAGAACCAGAAGCCAAAGUACCAGAUCACGGACCCGACUGGUGUUAUCAGCGAGCGAGCAAAUGCUACCUUGCAUGUCAGCUGGAAUGUACAACCAUGGGUAGGCGCGCUGAUUUGGGACAAGGGAUAUCUAGGCAGUCGAGUUGGACAAUGGGAAGCUGGCAAGGUCGGCAAGAGUGAGACUUUCGAAUUCCCUCCUUUAAAGGGUACGAAAUCCGAGGUUGUCAAGGAAAAGGAGCCGCAAACACCGAAAGCUGGCUCCGCCGCGCCUGCCGUCGAGAUAUGAAUGCUCCAGCUGUGAUCUCAUUCUUCAUCUGUCCAUCCAAAAACAGCUUUGGCUUCGUGCGAAAACCACCGUCGAUCUCCAUCGAGAGCAGGGAUGUGUCGACUGUCUCCAGUAGCUCGAUUUAUGUCAGUACUGCGGCCCGCCUCGCUCCAAUACCUGCACCCAACUUGUCGCUAGAGUGUGGCAAGACAUCGAUAGUGCCACGGUCCGCUCGUGCCAUGGUCAGUCGAUUGCAUUUAGCAGUCCGGCUUCGCGGCAGACAGAGCUUCGGAACCGAAUGCACGGUCUGCACGGAACUGACUUGACCGUUAAAUUGAGGUCAGUCUCUAUUCGAAGGGAUUGAUUCUACCAUAAAAGCAUCUAUGCAAGCAUCAGAGCUGGAGAGGGAGUUGACGAAGAGGUCAAGGGACCUAGCAGUCGAGCUUAGACGAGCCCAGCAAGACAGCUUGAUAGGACGGAGUCCACUUUAGCGAGUGAGCGGAUACUAUGAUCGUCACCAAAAAUACGGAGAGUUCAAGGGGUGAUGGUGACAGAAUUAAUGAAUGAUCUACUUCGCACAAUGUUUGAUAAUCACCAAGUGGAUGCUUGUCCAUAUCGAACUCAGUGUCCAAGAGCAAAUCAGUCCGCGUCAUGUCCUAUACUGCGUCGUCCGGCUCAAUCAAUAACUGGAUUGCCGAAUCCAAGCGAGAGAAACCACGGGGCGAGAAUUCGUUAUACAUGAGGCUUUUG